GACAACGACGCUGCAGGUGAAGAGUGGGGUGGUGGGGGUUGUGAAGGAGCUACUUUUCAGUCCCGGAGACAUUGUCCAGCCAGGGUAAGAACAUUUGCACAGCGAAACCAAGAAACACAUCAUUUGAACACCUGUACAAAACACCGAUGGAUUAGGCUGCAUUUGGAUUUAUAUUCAUACAGAUUUCGUAUAUCCACAAGAUGGUUGUGAAAAAACACUCGAUCUAAAGCCUUCAAAAAACAUGAAACUAGUUACCGGAGAGGCGACAAAAGACUUAGCGCAACGAAACCCCAAACUGUUUUUCCACCAUUGUGUUUAUGUGUAUGCCUUUAAUAGUACCGCAAAUGGAUAAAACUGAAAGUUGUUUCGGGUCUUCUGACACUUGUGUGUGUGUAAAUACAUAGGUUUACAUUUAUAAUUAUCCCCCCGCCCCCGAAAGUAUUGCAUAUAUUAUGGCGUGAAAAAAUGCUUGCCACACGCACACACACACACACACACACACCAUGUCGCCCCCUCAGAAGGGUGAUGGUGAAAGUGGAAAAGAAGUGUCAACACGACAUUGUCGUCUUUGACAUGUGUGCCGACUGUGGCCUCAACCUCAGAAAUAAGCCGAUGUCAGUUGGUGGGUCCUCAUCUCUGCCAGUGGCUGCCAGCAUCAUGGCCAUACAUGACAAUGCUGGGAUAAAGAUUAGUCAGCAGGAGGCAGAAGUGCUGGCGCACAAGGACAAGCUGAGGCUGUUGAAGACUCAGAAACUGACUCUAGUGGUGGACUUGGACCAAACGCUCAUCCAUACCUCCACUGACCCUCACAUAGAGCCUGGACUCCCUGACGUGUACGGAUUUCGUCUGGGAGGCCAGCCCAUCGUCUACCACUGCCGACUUCGCCCCCACGUCCGCGAGUUCCUGGAGAGAGUCUCCAAACUCUACGAGCUCCACGUGUUCACCAUGGCAACCAAGGACUACGCCGCGGCUGUCAUUGACAUACUGGACCCUGAGAGACACCUGUUCUGUGACAGAAUCAUCACGAGAGACGAGUUCUUUGACCCCAGAUCCAAGGCCCUCAGAUUCAAGUCAGUGUUCCCCUGUGGAGACUCGAUGGUGGCCAUCAUUGACGACCGGGAGGACGUGUGGGGAAGAUGUCCAAACCUCGUCCACGUGAAACCCUACGUCUUUUUCUCCGGAACAAGCGACAUCAACGCUCCCCCUCCCCUCGUCCCCACCUCCUCCCCUCCCUCCUCUCUCCCGGCCACACCCACCACACCAAGACCGUUCUUUGUCGGUGCCGGACGGGAGGGCGGGGUCGUUCCGCAGGACCAGCCACGCCCGUUUAAGAUGAGGCACAUCGCACGGCGACCUCAGCCGCCAUCAAACCUCGCAGCUCACGGCAUCACUGCAGAUAGAAAUGGAGGAACAACUUUGAAGCUUCGACACAUCAACAAAGAAACCACAAUACCCACCAAGAAAUCCCAAAAGGAAGAACCUUCGGGUGACUUUAAACUGAGGAAUAGCGUUUCAGUAUCGCCUGGUGCUUCUGUGUCUGGAGAGCGAGGGGGCGGGAGAGAUCCCGAAAAAUGUCGUCUUGAAAAUGAAAGUGAUGGCGUUGGUGGGGCUGCCGGUCUCAAUAACAACGGUAACAACAACAAUGGUGAAGAGGGGGUGGAGUCAGGCGGGGAGUCUGGGGGAAGUGGGGAUGAGGAGGGGGGAGGAGAAGUGGGGGCGGGGAGCGAGGGGGUGGAGAAUGGAGGAGGAGGGAGGGAGAGGGAGAGGGAGAGUUCAUCCAGCUCGGGGUCCAGCAGUGAGAGCGAAGACAGCAGCAGUAGUGGAAGCAGCAGUGCCAUGGAAGACUCUCAGCCGACACAGGAGAGCACCUCGCGGCCCACGCAGGAGGGAGAUGUGGCUCCUGAUUCGAGGGAGGAGACACUGUCUACCCCACUGACUGGCUCAACUGGAGACGACACGAAAGAGUCACAAAUUAAAGAGACGGAAACUCAGUCAACGUGUAAACAGCGUGACUCCACCCCAUCUGAAGGCAGGGACAAGAAACAAACGGUCAAGAAGAUCGAGGACAGCGAUUGUUUCCUGCUGUACCUGGCAGACGUUCUGGAGAGACUCCACUCCACGUUUUACUCUCAGUUCACAGAGAUGCUCGGGGAUCGCGAUCUCGCGGCCAUGACCGAAGAUAUUCCCACUCCAGAUCUCAAGAAAAUCAUCCCCGAGAUGCGCCAGUCUCUCCUGCGCGGCGCCAAAAUCCUAUUCACCGGGGUGAUCCCUACCAAUAUCCCGCCGCAACGGAGCCCCAUUUGGAACACUGCUCGAGCGUUUGGCGCCGUCGUUCACGAAAAGUUGGUCCCGGGGCUCGAGAGUACGCGACCUCGGGCAGCUAUGAGGGCGACGACGCACGUCAUCGCGGGGAAGUCGGGGACGGCAAAGCUGAAGGAAGCGAGGAGGGUGGCGGGAGUGAAACUUGUGAACCCUCGUUGGCUUUGGAGCUGUGCAGAGCAGUGGAAGUGGCUGGACGAGCGGCUGUUUCACGUCGAAACGGCAGAAGAUGGAGGAGGUGGAGGGGGGAAGAAGGAACCUCUUAGAGAGAGAAAUGAGGGCGAGAAAGAGAUGAAAGUGUCCGCUAAGACUGAGCUAGCGGUUAAGAAAACGCCUUCAAACAGCCAAGCAGUUCUCUUGGAGGGGACUAUUGAGGCCUCCAGUAGUGGUACAACUCGGACGGCGAGCAGCAGUAGACGUGACUCGAGAAUAUCAGUUUCGGACGAGGAACUUGAGCGAAUGGAGGCCGAGGUUGAUGCGGAGAUGAUGGCCAGCAGUAGCAGCAGCAGUGAGGGGGAGGAUGGAGGGAUGGGGAGCGCGAUGGAGCGAUCAUUUGAGGAGGUCCCUGACUCCCAGGAGCAAUCAAUGGCGGAGGGUGUGGCAGGAGAGGGGACGGGUCAGUCGGAAGGUCGAAAGAGGAAACGCGUGGAGGUGGAGGACUCGAGCUGUUCGAAUUCUCCUCACUCGAACUCGGAGCCACAUGUGAACAGUGGCAGUAGCAGUGAAGACGAUGAUGACAGUGAGGAUGCACUGGCAGCUCUUCUAGCCGGGGACUCCACCUAAUUAUUCUUCUGCUCUAGUUCUCUCUCCU